UAUCGGAUUUUAUCUGUUUUCGGUUUCACUUAUUGUAUGUAAUCACGUGGCUAAUGAAGGAGUGUUUUAUAUAGGGUAUAACUUAUUUAUCAUAGUGGCUUUACCCUUUGGAUACAUAUCAGUUACGAAAAUGGUCGUAUAAACGCAGUUGACAUGAAUGGCCGGAUCAAUGGUUCUACUUAUCUGCAUACUUCUACGAGUAUUUCUGGAGGUCGGUGGAGAUAGAGUCUUUCGACCUGUGGACACUAAGUGUAUCCCAAUAUGUUCAAAUCGGAAAGUGAAAGACUGGGCCUUCAACUGUGAUGGGGACAAUACCACAUGUGACUGGCAGUGUUCGGCCCAGAGGAAGGCGUGUCCAGAGGGCCUCACGUAUCACUGCGCGGCUGACUACGCGGACUUUGAACUACAUACCGGCAAUAUCAUCCACUUGGAAGAAUGUGCGCUGGAAAAGCCAUGCAAGAGAGGCGAAGAACCGAGUAUUACUCUAUACGCCAAUGGAGAAAAACUACCUCCGAACGAGGCAAAGAUUAAUUGUAUUUCUUGCUCAAACAAAUAUUUCUACAACAGCCAAGACGGCAGAUUGUCCUCGUCAUAUAGCAGGUGUUUCCAAGAAAAGUUUAACAAGUGCAUUCCGGAGGACAACAAAAUUGACUGUGGUGAGUCGUGGCUUAAGCGAACGGAGAGUGAUGGCUACUGCAGAUGCGAUGCGAGGAGAGGGUUCGCUCCUGAGAAUGAAAACAUCGACUCCAUGUGCUUCUACACUGACGCACAUUGUAUGUUAAAGAAAUGUCCGUCUGCACAGGAGCUGGCUUUAAAUUACUCCUGCAUAAUCAACUGUCCAGACGGUUAUUACAGGACGGACGAUUCAGAUGCAUGUGUUGAAAGAGCAAGCGCAACAGCAAAAACGAAGCCACCAACGACAGCUUCUUCAACAACUGAUCAAACAUACACUCAGUCUACAAUUGAUUCCACAACCGGAAAAGAGAAAGUUGUCAUCAGCUCGAAGAAGACAGACAAAGUAACAGGAGCAGAAUUUGCACCAUUUGUCGUCAUAAUUGCAUGGCUAUUGAUAACGAUAUGUUGUCACAAAGGAAGGAUUUUGAAAGAAAAAAACGAAAAAGGCCUUAUGAAGGCAGCCAGAUUAAUCGUGAAAUUAGCACUCUGCCAACGCUCUACUAGUUUAAUGGAAACCUCCGGCGAAGCUGUUAGUACACACAAUGCCGAGUCACAGCAAAACACGGAGGAGGACAAACAGAGUCGAGUGAAACUUCUUUCAGGCGUCGAACAAGAGGGUAGGAAAGUGGAGACCUCCGGUGAAGCUGUUAGUACACACACUGCCGGGUCACAGAAAGAAACGGAGGUGGACAACCUGAGUCGAGUGAAACUUCUUUCAGGCGUCGAACAAGAGGGCAGGAAAGCUCCCUGGAAGAAAAAAAGUCCAAGUGACAUAGAACUAUUGCACGUUGCGUCGCUAAUUGGAAAAGGCUGGAGAGGUUUGGGUGCUCAUCUGGACAUCAGAACCUCCCUAUUAGACCAAAUAGAAAAAAAUAACUGUGGCCAUAAAGAUAUUGUUUAUGAAAUGCUGAGAGAAUGGCGAAAUUCCAGCUCUCAACCAACAUUGAGUCAUUUAGAGGAUGCAAUUCGUGAGUCAGGCGUUGUGUUUGACUGGGACUUUGUAAAACAGGAUAUUUUAGACAAGCGUCACCAAAAUGCUGCCUUGAAUAAUACUCCGGACGAGGGUGAAAAAAACGCUGCCACGAAUGAUAUUCCGGACGAGGGUGACAAAAAUGCUGUCUCGGUUGAUAAUGAGAUGAACAACACUCUCAAUGCUAGAGUAGAGGCACAUUUAUCUGGUAGAAGCAUAGCCAGUUCUUGCAACAUAGCCAGUAGAAGCAGGACAGACGAAACACAAUUUUAACAAUACUUCUCAGUUUGCAUAUGUUGUGUAAGAGUACUUAAGUUAUUACUGAAGUUACCGUCGCAGCGUUUGAAACUUACUGAGUCCAAGGAUCCCUAGGACACAGCAUUUUUUGGAGGGACUAAAUAACCUCGAAGUCAGGUGUCCAUAUUGUGCAAUAUUGUUUUGGCAGAAAAAUAGAUUGAAACCCAAAAUACAUGUUAAGUUCAAUAAGAAUUAAUUAACAAUCGAUAAGAAAUUGUAUGUUUGUGUCCCUUCUGGAUCCCUUGGAAAUAUAGUUAAUUUCGACCAUUGCGGUGUAGAGCAAAGACUUUUCUUAGAUUAUAUUUAAAGGAAGCUGCAUAUGUUAUAAAAUUACGUUGUCAAGAAUUGUUUCUUAUAUACAAAAAUAUAUAUCAUAAUUGAAUUGUGGGAAAAUUUGUGAAUGCAAUAUAUCCUUCAUUUGCUUCAAGGGCGGAGUUUUUUUAUCUGGUGAUUGACUAAUCACGUAGAAACACUAAAACUAUUAGUUAACGAUAUAGUUUCAUUGUUAUAAAUGGAAUUUAAAUAACUUUAGAAGAAAACAACCUGCAAGUUGGCAAACUAUUCAUUGACGUCAAUGAUGUGUAUGUGUCCAUUGUCAGAUUGAUGUCUGACUUAAUAAAACGUGAGCGAGACCCUUAUGUACGGGGCAGUGUAUCAAUUUGUUUUGGACUAUUGCCUAUAUCCACCGUGUGUGUAUCAAAGUUGAAGUCUGAAACUGCUUCUUGCCGUCAGUCAAACAGCGGUUCCGUU